AUGGGAUCUUCUGCAAAAGAACUACCGGCCACUAACAAGAUGAAUAUGAAGGGAGGACCAACACUGACUCAUCAUCACAAACUAGCCCUAAUAGCUCCAGUUUCUGAAGAGGAAAUCCAACAAGGCCUUGAUUCCAUAGGUGAAGACAAAGCUCCUGGGAUAGAUAGGUAUAAUGCUAAUUUCUUCAGAAAAGCAUGGGGUACCAUUAAAGAAGAGGUGCGUGAAGCAGUAAAAGAGUUUUUCACCACUGGGAAGUUGUACAAUGCCAUCAACUGUACAACUAUCAUAUUGCUACCAAAAAAUGACAAGCCCAGAACACUGAUGAAGUAUAGACCAAUAGCUUGUUGCACUGUUAUGUAUAAACUGAUCUCAAAAGUUAUAGCAGCAAGGAUUCAAAUAGUCAUUGCCUCUAUAAUUAGUGAGUCACAAGCAUGA